ACUUAGUUAACCCGGCUCGAUCCGUCUGUUCGGUUGAGUCGAUCGACCUUCCUGACCAGCGGCGACGGCGGCGACAGCGAGCAGUUAGUGACUUCUAUGCGACCGACAAAAGUCGACCGAAUUCGUAUACACAAGUCCACGAUCGCUAGUGCACGCGUGAUCAGUUACGUCCGUUCUCGUACGGUAGUGAAACGGUAUAAGAUUGUGUCUUAGUUUUUCGAAUCGCGUUGGAGCCCGCGCCGGUAGCGAAUCAUCCUGACGAGUUCGGACACACGAAUCGCGGACUGCCUGUCAUCUAACGUUUAUUGUACACAAAAUGUGACGGAAGAGAAGACGAUGUGCAGCACCGUUCCCAUUUUCCCUGGCGAACCAACCGAACCGGACUAGAGUUGGGAAGACGAAAGGAGAGGAAAGGAGAGAGAGGAGGUCGUGAAUCGAUAGCGCGCGCGAUUUCAGCGUUUCUCAGCUGGUGGUGCUUCUAUCCCCUGCAUCUUCUCGUCGUUAGCAUUUUUCCUUCCUGGUCAGCCAGGAAAACUCCGAGAAAAAACGUGGAAGGAGAGACAUUGAGAAGAGCGGUCAUCCUCAUUCGCGAUGAGAGACACCGGCAACCAGGCCAAGUACGAGCAGCUCUUGGACGACGCCGGUCUCGAAAUCCGCAACGAGGACAAAGAGCGCAACGACGACGAGAAUGCGACACUAGAGGAGGACAAAGAACACAGCUCCAAGAUGUGGUUGACAACUGCGGAAUCAGCUAGUCUUGGGGCUGAGGAAGUAGCAGCCAGAUUGCACAUUGAUGUUCGAACAGGGCUUAGGUGGCAAGAGGCUGACCAUAGAAGGCAAUUGACUGGCUUUAAUGAGUUCACUGUCAAGGAGGAAGACUCACCGUGGAAAAAAUAUAUCGAACAAUUUAAAAACCCAUUGAUCCUUCUUCUACUUGCCUCUGCAUUUGUCAGUGUGUGCAUGAAGCAAUUUGAUGAUGCUGUCAGUAUUACUGUGGCUAUCAUAAUAGUGGUGACAGUUGCAUUUGUACAAGAAUACCGAUCGGAGAAAUCUUUAGAGGAAUUGAAUAAAUUGGUACCACCAAUAUGUCACUGCUUGAGAGAGGGCCGCUUAGAGACAUUUCUCGCGCGUAAUUUAGUUCCUGGUGAUAUUGUGUAUUUAAAUAUUGGAGACAGAGUACCUGCCGAUAUUCGGAUAUUCGAGGCCAUAGAUUUAGCGAUUGAUGAGAGCAGCUUUACCGGAGAAACCGAGCCGGCACAAAAGUCAACGGCACCUCUGCUGAAAACCAACGGGCUAACGUCCAAAAGAAACAUCGCCUUCAUGGGCACUCUGGUACGCUGCGGUAACGGCAAGGGAAUUGUAGUGAAUACGGGAGAAAAGAGUGAAUUUGGGGAAGUUUUCUCAAUGAUGCAGGCCGAGGAGGCGCCAAAGACUCCACUACAGCGAAGCAUGGACAUUUUAGGUACACAGCUGUCUUUCUAUUCGUUCUGCAUUAUCGGUAUCAUCAUGCUGCUGGGAUGGAUCCAAGGUAAGGCUAUCCUUGAGAUGUUUACCAUUGGUGUAAGUUUGGCGGUAGCCGCCAUACCGGAGGGCUUACCUAUCGUCGUAACGGUAACACUGGCACUGGGAGUGAUGAGAAUGGUCAAGAGAAAAGCGAUUGUAAAGAAAUUGCCAACUGUCGAGACUCUUGGCUGUGUUAACGUGAUAUGCUCUGACAAAACCGGCACAAUCACGAAAAACGAAAUGACCGCUACGGUUCUUGUAACGUCGGAGGGUUACAUUGCCGAUGUUACCGGAGCGGGAUACAACGAUCUGGGCGAAGUGCGAAUACGAAAAUGCGAUAGCGUCGACCUUGCACGUGCCGCUAUCAAUAAUUUGUUAGAAGUAGGUUGCGUGUGCAACAACGCUAUCAUACAAAACGAUACUCUGCUCGGACAACCGACGGAAGGCGCGCUAAUAGCUGUGGCCAUGAAAUUUGGAAUGUACGGUGUUGCCGAUAGGUAUUUGCGAUUGCAAGAGUAUCCAUUUUCUUCGGAGCAAAAAAUGAUGGCUGUGAAAUGCACACCAAAGCUUGGUGAGAACAGACAGGAAAUCUACUUUGUGAAAGGUGCACUGGAGAAGAUUCUGCCACAGUGCACUAAAUAUUACGAAAACGGUCAGGUAUACCCUCUUAGUCAGAAAAAGGAUCAGGAAUUUUUAACGGAAGCGUAUGAUAUCGGUCAACAAGGACUGAGAGUAAUCGGUCUGGCACGUGGCUCUUCAUUGCAAGAUCUGAUUUAUGUAGGUUUAGUCGGUAUCUGCGAUCCACCGAGACCGUACGUGCGCGAAUCCAUCAGUAUUCUGAUAAACAGCGGUGUUAAAGUGAAAAUGGUUACGGGGGAUGCAAAGGAGACCGCAGCUGCAAUAGCCAGCAUGAUCGGACUAGACACGCUUCACAAUCGGUUGUUGUCGGGAGAUGAAAUUGAUAUGAUGUCCGAACACCAGUUGGAACAGUGUAUCAAUAACGUCAGCGUAUUCUAUCGCGUGACGCCGAAACAUAAACUUUGUAUCGUGAAAGCUCUACAGAGGAACGGCAAUAUAGUGGGUAUGACUGGUGACGGUGUAAACGACGGAGUUGCGUUGAAGAAAGCGGACAUUGGUAUCGCCAUGGGAAAAAACGGCACCGACGUAUGCAAGGAAGCAGCUGACAUGAUUUUAGUCGACGACGAUUUCGGUACAAUCAUCGCGGCGAUCGAGGAAGGAAAAGGAAUAUUUCACAACAUCCGUAACUUUGUGAGAUUUCAAUUAAGCACCAGCAUCGCUGCGCUCUCUUUAAUAGCUCUCGCGACAUUAAUGAGCAUACCGAAUCCGCUAAAUGCGAUGCAAAUACUAUGGAUUAAUAUCAUUAUGGACGGUCCACCCGCUCAAAGCCUUGGAGUAGAACCAGUCGACAAGGAUGUUCUAAAGCAGAAGCCACGAAAUACAAAGGAACCGAUGAUCACGCGUCAUCUCAUAAUUAACGUUUUAUUGUCAGCUAUUAUAAUUAUUCUCGGCACGUUAUGGGUAUACAAUAAAGAGAUGGUUAACGGAAAUACUGCAAGAGACACCACCAUGACAUUCACCUGCUUUGUAUUCUUCGACAUGUUUAAUGCGCUUAGCUGUAGAUCACAGACAAAAUCCAUAUUUACAAUCGGUCUAUGGAGCAACAAAAUGUUCCUGAUAGCAGUGACGCUAUCUGUCAUCGGGCAAAUGUUCGUCAUCUAUUUUCCUCCGUUGCAGAGAAUAUUUCAAACCGAAGCUCUCACGGCAAAAGGUAAUGAUAUAUACGCUAAUUAUACGGCGCAUACGAACGAUAUUCGAUAUCGUGUAGCGAAUCUUUGUGUCCCUUUCCCCUCCCUUCUGUUUGUCUUGAACGACAAUCUGCUUUCAGAUCUCUUAUUCUUGGCGGCGUUGACGUCGAGUGUCUUCGUAAUCAGCGAAUUCAAGAAAUUUUUGGAGAGACAGCUCCAGAAGCGUCGCAAUGUUAACAACGGCCAAUAUUACAACAAAUUCGAAAUGGACUUUGUAUGACAGUUACAGUCUGCCGAGAACAAGACGGCGGACAAAAAUCAUAACGAAUAAGUAUCGGGCAUCGAUACCGCUUGCUCGCGGCGCGGUCGUUCGUUCGUUAAUCAACAUAACUUCGCGUUAAAACUCGACUAUGCUUGCACCAUUCGUAAUCUCACGUGUUACGCAUCUAUCACACGAGAGUAAUAAUAGCGACACUUGUGUACGUAUUGAUUCGCAGUGACUGCGAUUUUUUCUUUUUUACCGUUUGCAAAUUGCCCGACUCUAUUUUCCGGCAUAUCGUACAAAAUAUAUCGUUCCGACAAAACGAUGUGGUAGGUUAUGUAGACUGUAGCUAUUUAGACUAUAUUUCACUAUUGGUCCCUACAUUGAACUCUGUUCUAAUUGGCACAAGGACCGCGAUCGAUCACCUUCGUUAAGGUAUACUAAUAGUGCACGGUGAACCAGAUAUACGUUCUCCGUGACAUAUAAUUAACUUGUAGAAAAGUCGUGUAGAUAGUACUUUAUGCGAGUAUAUUGUGUGCAAACUUUAUACAGUUCCCAUCGAAAUUUCCAGUUACAUUAGCUGUUCAUAGCUGAUCUAAUUGUUCACUGGUUUUCUAUUGUUAUUCUUUCACCAAGUGUAACAUGGCGCAGUUGAAGGAGCACUUACACUACACACGCUCGACAAGCUGUACGCUAACAUAGGCUUGAAACGGAAGAAAUAAACAGUUGCAGACAAAUGUUUCUUUUGAGUGGCGUCACAUAAUUUGUGAACAAUAUUAACGGCCUUAUGUCGUAAAAAUUCUCGUUCCCUUUGGAUCAUAAAGAUUGAGCAAGCUUAAAAUUUGAAGAGGACGAAUUAAAAAAUUAUAUUAUUAGAGAAUGUCCUCGUAGUGACAAAUACUCACUGAAAAGAUGGAAGAAGAAUUCGGGAAUAGCUGCGAUAGCUGCGAGCAUUUCAAUUAGAAUAGAGUUCACUGUGUCACACUAUGAUGAGAAAACUACGAAUCACCGUCAUAGAUGAUAGCGGCGCUACUGCACAUUCCACGCACGUUUGAUAGAUCGACGACUUUUAACGAUAUAUUCCGUAUCUAUGAUAUAGUCGUAGACUGCAAUCCGAAGCAACGUUUGCACCGAACCAUCGUAAUCAUUCUUGUCUAAUACUUUUUUCUAAAGAUACUGCGACGGUUUGUAUGUAAAACCUACUUAGCGGGAAGAGAGAGAGAGAGAGAAAGAGAGAAAAGCGAGAAAAGCGUCAAUAUUCCGCCAACGGCGGAGUUUAUCAUUCACUGUCGGUCAAUUCGUGUUAGAAAAGAGAGAAGAAAGGGAGGGAGGGAGAUAAAAAGGGGACGGGAGAGAGCGAAUCAUGCAGCAUUUUACCGAGUAUAUAAAAAGACAGAAGAGAGACGAACAUAAUUCAAGCCGGACAUACAAAGCGAUUGCAUUUAACAAGUACAGUUGUAAUCGGCGAAAAAUAAAUGCUCUUACAAUGUUCCUUAAUUCUA